GGAAACAAUAGCAUACGUAAUUGUUGGUAAGUUAACAGUUGACUAGCAUACUACCUAGAACUUUAUGAGAUAGAGUGCGAUGUGUUGUAAAGUCACAUGUAAACAUAUUUUCCAAAUGAAUAUAUUCAUCAAACAAGUCUGCCUUAUAUACCUGAUAACAAUUGCACAGACUUCCUUGGCUACCCAUAGCUACCAAUCGAAUAGUACACACGGCUCAUAUUCGCCAGGGAAAAACUACAGUUAUGAGCAGUACAACUAUUACUCAGGCUCAUCUAUAGAGGUCAUCAUCAAGAAUGAAGAAGGAUUUGCAGUAUUCGCCAUGAUAGAAAAGCCUACGAGUACUUUCUCACCUGAAGGUUGUCUCAACAAUAGAACCAACCCCUACGGUGUUUCAACUGGCUAUGGAUACAAAGUUAUAGAGUGGUAGCCUUUCACUGUAAUUGUCUACAGGUACUCAAAAUACAUAAAAUGUAAUUAAAAUCAUUAAAAAAACUAUAUUCAUUUAAUAAAACUCGAUUAAAUUCUGUA